AUGUCUCCUAAAAUUGCCAUAAUUGGUGCUGGAAUUGCUGGACUAUCCGCUGCUAAACGUCUCACCGAAUUGGGAUUUUCGGAUUAUCAAGUAUUCGAAGGUUCAGAUAGAAUUGGCGGAAGAAUUCAUCCAAUCCCUUAUCAUGGAGGAUAUUUGCAAAUGGGAGCUCAAUUCAUCAAUGGAACUGAUAAUCCUAUUUAUGAAAUAGCUCAGAGGGUUGGAGUGUUAUCAGAUCCUGUGUCAGACACAGCUCAUUUCGAUGAAGCCGAGUUCCUUGUAGGAAAUCAGCCAGUUGACCCGAAGGAUAUAGAGCUGUUCAAGAAGUUUGUUGAACCAUUAGAUGGACGGUAUAGGGAGUUUUCAGCCAAUUACACCAUUAUGGGUAUUGCUUAUACUUUCCAUGACCUCUUCAUGGAAGAUUAUGAGCGCUUUUUGAUAGAAAAUAAUAUAAAUGGCAGAAGAAAAGAUGUUUUCGAUGCUUUGACAAGAUCGUAUAGGUCCUACUGGGAGUUUGAAUGGGCUGCAGAUUGGAAGAACCUUAGUUUGAGUGUUCUUAAACAUUGGAAUGAUGGUGGUCCAACAUGUGAAUCUUUCACAACAAAUGAAAUAGGAUACAAGGCUAUUCUUGAUGAUAUCAUGUCUUCCAUACCUCAAAAUGUAUUUCAUUUCAAUACAACUGUGAAGACCAUUGAUUAUGCAGAUGAUAAAAUAGUUUUGACGACAAAAGAAGGAGAAUAUCCACAGAAGUUCGAUCAUGUUAUUGUAACAUGCUCGUUAGGACAUUUGAAAAGAUUUCACAGAAUUCUAUUCAAUCCUGUACUUCCAGCGUAUAAGCAAGAGGCUAUCGAGAAAAUAGGUUUUGGUGAAUCGUCUAAGAUAUUCUUCCGAUGGGAGAAACCAUUCUGGAAACCAGAUACUUUCUCAUUAGCCCCGUUGCCAGUGAGAGGCUUAGCAAGGAAACAUAUCUCUCCGUUUGAAAGAGAAAUCACAACUUUACAGGUUGUCUCGUGGGAACCAAAUACAUUGAUGGCUUGGGUUGCAGGAGAAGGAAACGCUAUAAUCGAUCAAAUGGAAACAGAAGAAAUCAAAGAGAAGAUUACAAAACUGAUUAGAGAUAUGAUGAAUGAUCAAUCUAUAGACCCUCCUUCUGAAAUUGUAAGAACACAAUUAACGAAAAAUGACCUUCUUUGUGGAUCAUAUUCAUACUUGAGCAGAGCACAGGCAGAAGCUGGCUUCACAACAGAAUAUUUGGCUCGCCCGAUUAGCUCCAACGGAAGAUCUAAGAUUUUGUUCGCGGGAGAAGCAACUCAUGAUAGAUUAUUUCAAACAGCAAUAGGUGCUUAUCUAAGUGGAAUUAGAGAGGCUGAGCGAAUUAAAAAAGAAAAUGCAAUCAAGAGUCAUUUGUGA